AUGGAUGGUUUGAUCUCAGGAUCUGAUUCGGAACUGCUGAAAUGGUUUGCACAAGCUGAGCUAAUACACAGCAGAUGGGCAAUGCUUGCUGUGUCUGGAAUUCUGAUUCCAGAAUGGCUAGAAAGUCUGGGGUUUAUUGAGAAGUUCUCUUGGUACGAUGCAGGAGCACAAGAAUACUUCGCAGAUUCCACAACUCUGUUUGUGGUGCAAUUGGGGCUAAUGGGUUGGGUUGAAGGACGGAGAUGGGCAGACAUAAUAAAACCAGGGUGCGUGGAUAUAGAACCGAGUUUUCCACAUAAGAAGAAGCCAGAGGUCGAUGUUGGCUAUCCAGGCGGGCUUUGGUUCGACCCUUUGAUGUGGGGUAGAGGGUCACCGGAGCCAGUGAUGGUUCUUAGGACUAAAGAGAUCAAGAAUGGUCGGCUUGCCAUGCUUGCAUUCAUUGGGUUUGUUUUUCAGACAAUUUAUACAGGACAAGGCCCUUUAGAGAAUCUUUCAGCUCAUAUUGUUGAUCUAGGACACUACAAUGUCUUCUCGGUACUGCAACUUUCAUGCUUCGAUCAUAUUCUUAAUUUUCCAGAUUGAAACAUCAAAUUUUGUACUAAUUUUGAAAACAUUUGGUUUGCAGGCUUUCACAUCGCACUAGUGCUUGCUCUGCAGUAAGGAAGGAGCGCCAAGAAUUUACAUGCCAACGAUGCUGUGUUUCUUCUUGUCUUCUUGAUUUUGUCCAUUUGCAAAUGUAAAUAUUAUUUGAAAAUGACCAUUCGGAUUAUUUGUUGGUCAAAUCUCGAUGUGCUCUUAAUGAAAAGAUACGAAAUUCAUG